UUUUUUUUUUUUUAAUCCCCGCACCAAGCGCUUAACCUCAUUGGGGUGGAGGAGAAGGCGGCGGCUCUCUGGUCCGCAGCGGCAACAGUAACGAAAAACAGGGCUAAUGGACUGCUGAAUUAUGAAGUAUUUCAGACCCAAUAGUAGAACAUCACUCUGCCACUCACUCCUUUAUCUCCUACUAGUUAUUUAAAUUGGACUUUUAAUAUCCUACCAGCUGCUCUUCAGACACACAUGGUGCAUUGUUGCCAUUCCCCAGAUUGCAUCUUUGAAACACAGGCUCUUAGUAACCUUCAGCGAACAAAGAGGCAACCUCCCCGAUACGUCUGCUGGGAGGGAGUCAUCCUGACUGCCCUCUAGCUUUUGCUGGAUCUGGAUUUGAAUUCCACUAUGGAGCCUCGCAUGGAGUCCUGCCUGGCGCAGGUGUUGCAGAAGGAUGUGGGGAAACGAUUGCAGGUUGGCCAAGAAUUGAUAGACUAUUUCUCAGACAAACAGAAGUCUGCUGACCUUGAGCAUGACCAGACCAUGUUAGAUAAACUUGUGGAUGGACUUGCUACCUCUUGGGUGAACUCUAGCAAUUACAAGGUGGUUCUGCUGGGCAUGGACAUCCUGUCCGCCCUGGUGACACGGCUGCAGGAUCGGUUCAAGGCGCAGAUCGGCACAGUGCUGCCAAGUCUAAUAGACAGACUAGGAGAUGCUAAAGACUCUGUGAGGGAGCAGGACCAAACUCUGCUGCUAAAGAUCAUGGAUCAAGCUGCUAAUCCCCAGUACGUAUGGGACAGAAUGCUCGGAGGCUUCAAACACAAGAAUUUCCGUACUCGAGAAGGCAUCUGUCUCUGCCUUAUAGCAACACUCAAUGCCUCUGGAGCUCAGACUUUAACACUAAGCAAGAUUGUGCCACAUAUAUGCAACUUACUUGGAGAUCCAAACAGCCAGGUUCGAGAUGCAGCAAUAAACAGCUUAGUGGAAAUUUACAGACAUGUAGGAGAACGUGUGAGGGCAGAUCUCAGUAAAAAAGGAUUGCCACAGUCCCGAUUGAAUGUAAUUUUUACAAAAUUUGAUGAAGUCCAGAAAUCUGGAAACAUGAUACAAUCUGCAAAUGAUAAAAAUUUCGAUGAUGAAGAUUCUGUGGAUGGUAACAGACCUUCCUCUGCUAGUUCUACGUCAUCCAAGGCUCCACCGAGUUCUCGGAGAAACGUUGGAAUGGGAACCACCCGCCGGCUUGGUUCAUCCACCCUGGGAUCCAAGUCUUCAGCUGCAAAAGAAGGAGCUGGUGCUGUGGACGAAGAGGAUUUUAUUAAAGCAUUUGAUGAUGUACCUGUAGUCCAGAUUUAUUCCAGCCGAGACCUUGAGGAAUCCAUAAACAAAAUUAGGGAAAUACUAUCUGAUGACAAGCAUGAUUGGGAACAGAGAGUAAAUGCUCUAAAAAAGAUUAGAUCUUUACUUUUGGCUGGUGCCGCUGAGUAUGAUAACUUCUUUCAACAUUUGCGUCUUUUGGAUGGAGCCUUUAAACUCUCUGCUAAGGAUCUGCGGUCUCAGGUAGUGCGGGAGGCUUGUAUCACAUUGGGGCAUCUGUCAUCAGUUCUGGGGAAUAAGUUUGACCAUGGAGCCGAAGCCAUUAUGCCAACUAUCUUUAAUUUAAUUCCAAACAGUGCCAAAAUUAUGGCCACGUCUGGUGUUGUAGCUGUUAGGUUAAUUAUUCGGCACACACACAUCCCUAGGUUAAUACCUGUCAUAACAAGCAACUGUACCUCUAAGUCUGUCGCUGUUAGAAGGCGCUGUUUUGAAUUUUUAGAUUUGCUUUUACAAGAAUGGCAGACACAUUCACUAGAACGACACAUAUCAGUAUUAGCUGAAACAAUAAAGAAGGGAAUACAUGAUGCUGAUUCCGAAGCAAGAAUAGAAGCCAGAAAAUGUUACUGGGGUUUCCACAGUCACUUCAGCAGAGAAGCAGAGCACUUAUACCACACCUUGGAGUCCUCCUACCAGAAAGCCCUGCAGUCCCACCUGAAGAACUCAGACAGCAUAGUGUCUCUGCCUCAGUCAGACCGCUCGUCUUCCAGCUCUCAAGAGAGUCUAAAUCGUCCGCUGUCUGCCAAAAGAAGUCCUACUGGAAGUACCACAUCUAGAGCUUCUACAGUUAGUACCAAAUCUGUGUCAACGACUGGGUCCCUCCAGCGAUCUCGAAGUGAUAUUGAUGUGAAUGCAGCAGCCAGUGCCAAAUCCAAAGUCUCCUCAUCUGCGGGCACGACGCCUUUCAGCUCUGCAGCGGCUUUGCCUCCAGGGUCAUACGCAUCCUUAGAGUCCAGACACAUGAGGGAAGACAUGGAGUACAUAGGCCUGGACUCAGAUGGUACUACCACUAAAGCGGAGGGUCGGAUCCGCACAAGACGGCAAAGCUCUGGGAGUGCCACCAACGUCGCCUCUACACCUGAUAACCGAGGCCGCAGUCGCGCUAAAGUGGUUUCACAGUCCCAGCGAUCCAGAUCUGCUAAUCCUGCUGGUGCUGGCAGCCGGUCAAGUUCCCCAGGAAAAUUGUUGGGAAGUGGUUAUGGUGGACUUGCUGGGGGCUCCUCACGAGGCCCACCUGUGACACCGUCCUCAGAAAAGCGAAGCAAGAUUCCCAGGAGCCAGGGAUGUAGCCGGGAAACAAGUCCAAACCGAAUAGGAUUAGCACGGAGCAGCCGUAUCCCUCGACCCAGCAUGAGUCAGGGGUGCAGCCGCGAUACCAGCCGUGAGAGCAGCCGAGAUACAAGCCCUGCUCGGGGCUUUCCUCCACUUGCCUCUCGACGUCAUUCCAGGUCCACUAGUGCUCUCUCCACUGCUGAAUCUGUUGGGCAGUCAGAUCGAUUUGGGCUUGGCCAGCCAGGAAGAAUACCUGGUUCUGUGAAUGCCAUGAGAGUUCUGAGCACAAGUACAGAUCUUGAAGCUGCUGUUGCUGAUGCUUUGCUGUUAGGAGACUCCAGGAGCAAGAAGAAGCCUGUGAGGAGGAGAUAUGAGCCGUAUGGGAUGUAUUCUGACGAUGAUGCCAACAGUGAUGCCUCAAGUGUUUGCUCUGAGCGCUCAUAUGGCUCCAGGAAUGGUGGCAUUCCCCAUUAUCUGCGGCAGACUGAAGAUGUAGCAGAAGUUCUCAACCACUGUGCUAGUUCAAACUGGUCAGAAAGGAAAGAAGGGCUUCUUGGCCUGCAGAACUUACUGAAGAGCCAAAGAACACUGAGUCGAGUUGAACUGAAAAGGUUGUGUGAGAUCUUCACCCGGAUGUUUGCUGACCCUCAUAGCAAGAUUGCUGAUUCAGAAGCAGAAUGUGAGGAUAAAGAAGGAAAUUUGUUUCCAUCAGAAGUCUCUUGUACAAGAGUUUUCAGUAUGUUUUUGGAGACUCUUGUGGAUUUUAUAAUAAUUCAUAAGGAUGAUUUACAAGACUGGCUUUUUGUUCUUCUCACACAAUUACUUAAGAAAAUGGGAGCAGAUUUACUUGGAUCUGUGCAAGCAAAAGUUCAAAAGGCUCUAGAUGUCACAAGGGACUCCUUUCCAUUUGAUCAACAAUUUAACAUUUUGAUGAGAUUUAUUGUGGAUCAAACUCAAACUCCAAACCUCAAGGUCAAAGUUGCAAUCCUGAAAUACAUUGAGUCUCUGGCCAGACAGAUGGAUCCAACAGAUUUUGUAAACUCUAGUGAGACAAGGCUUGCUGUUUCUAGAAUCAUAACCUGGACAACAGAACCAAAGAGUUCAGACGUGAGAAAGUCCUCGCUUCAGCGUAGUCGAGUAGGUGAGGAUUUCCCCACUAGGUCAGCUUCAACCUGCUCUGGGCCUGGAGAAGGAAACUUGGAAGAAAGUUGUAAACAGGCAGCACAAAUUGUGCUAAUCUCUCUGUUUGAAUUGAAUACUCCUGAAUUUACCAUGUUACUUGGUGCCUUGCCAAAAACAUUCCAGGAUGGUGCCACCAAACUCCUGCACAACCACCUCAAGAAUUCCAGUAACACCAGUGUGGGCUCUCCAAGCAAUACGAUUGGCCGAACGCCCUCCCGACACACCAGCAGCAGGACCAGCCCCCUAACCUCACCCACCAACUGUUCCCAUGGGGGUCUGUCUCCAAGUCGGUUAUGGGGUUGGAGUGCCGACGGGUUAGCGAAGCACCCACCUCCCUUUUCUCAGCCUAACUCCAUCCCCACCGCUCCCUCCCACAAGGCUCUCAGGCGCUCUUACUCUCCCAGCAUGCUGGACUAUGAUACAGAGAACCUGAACUCUGAAGAAAUCUAUAGUUCUCUACGUGGAGUUACAGAAGCCAUUGAAAAGUUUAGUUUUCGAAGCCAAGAAGAUCUGAAUGAGCCCAUUAAACGAGAUGGCAAAAAGGAAUGUGAUAUCGUGUCCCGCGAUGGGGGUGCUGCCUCCCCUGCCACCAGUGAGGUAGAAGGAGGCCGGACAGCUCUGGAUAACAAGACCUCGCUACUCAACACCCAGCCUCCGCGCGCCUUCCCAGGACCGCGGGCACGAGACUACAACCCAUACCCCUACUCAGAUGCCAUCAACACCUAUGACAAGACUGCCCUGAAAGAGGCUGUGUUCGAUGACGACAUGGAGCAGCUUCGAGAUGUGCCCAUCGACCAUUCUGACCUGGUGGCUGACCUUCUGAAAGAGCUGUCCAACCAUAACGAGCGAGUGGAGGAACGGAAGGGAGCCCUGCUGGAGCUGCUCAAGAUCACGCGGGAAGACAGCCUGGGUGUCUGGGAGGAGCACUUCAAGACCAUCCUGCUCCUGCUGCUGGAGACCCUCGGAGACAAAGACCAUUCAAUUCGAGCACUGGCAUUGAGAGUUUUGAGGGAAAUUCUGAGAAAUCAACCAGCAAGAUUUAAAAACUACGCCGAGCUGACGAUUAUGAAGACUCUGGAAGCCCACAAAGACUCCCAUAAGGAGGUGGUGAGAGCGGCUGAGGAGGCUGCGUCCACACUGGCCAGUUCCAUCCACCCGGAGCAGUGCAUCAAGGUGCUCUGCCCCAUCAUCCAGACGGCCGACUACCCCAUCAACCUUGCUGCCAUCAAGAUGCAGACCAAAGUCGUCGAGAGGAUCGCCAAGGAGUCGCUGCUGCAGCUCCUCGCCGACAUCAUCCCAGGCUUGCUGCAGGGUUAUGACAACACCGAAAGUAGCGUGCGCAAGGCCAGCGUGUUUUGCUUGGUGGCAAUUUAUUCCGUAAUCGGAGAAGACCUGAAACCUCACCUUGCACAGCUCACAGGGAGCAAGAUGAAGCUACUAAACUUAUAUAUCAAGAGGGCCCAGACCACUAACAGCAACAGCAGCUCCUCCUCCGAUGUCUCCACGCACAGCUAAUGGCAGCACCUGUCUCUUGUGUAGACCUAGAAGCAAUCGGUGGUGCCUCUCAGAGACCUCUCCCCACCCCCUUCAUCGGCUGCCCAGUCAGUACAAGGAGGCCCACAAAUAUUUAUUACAAUCAGUAUUUUGGUCCCUUCCAGCUUUUCUGUAGAAUCUUAUUGGUAUUGAAUGUAAAGGAAGCAAGGCCUGUAUUGCAGUCUUCAUACAAAAUGAAAGGAGUAAGAACAGAAAAGAGCCAUGCUGAAACAUGUCUUGUACAGCCUGCUGCGAUGGCGAAACCAUGUGUGUGGGGUGCAGUUUUUAAAAAUCAGAGCGCUGUAGCCACUACUUGGUAGAAAGUAGCAUUUUUUUUUUUUCAGUUAAUAACGGAUUUGGGGGUGGGGUGGGGUGUUACUUUGUGUUCCUCCUCCUUAGCCUAUUUUCUUGUGAGUAUGGUCUAUGUGGGGCCCCUUUCACAGCUGACACCAUGAAAGGUGACACAUCUUUGUGUUCUGAGACCUACUAAAAAUGGGAAGCAAGUCUUGGCAAGAACGGUCUGAAGAUGGCCUUUUAACAAACGCUGGGAAUUUUUCUUGUCAUAUCCGGACUGGAGGCCGACUGCCCUGGCUUUCAGCAUAGAAUUGGGAGUGCACCCCAGCAGUCUCCUUCCAGCCCUCCCUAAUCAACUCCACAGACAAGGUCCUCACCCCAGAGCUUCCAUGCAAAGGAAUUCUUCAAAUUUAAAUCUGGACACAAAAAUAAGAUAAAUGUAUGGCAUCAUGUAGGGAUGCCUGAGAUGGCAGUUCAUGAAGCACAGAAGAUAAAAGAGAAGUCUUUCAUCUUUACUGCUGAGAUCCUUGGGAACACUGUUGUCAUGGGGGUUCUGCCAAGACCCACAUCCCUGGGCUACUUGGUGAUUCAGAUUUAGCAGCAACCUCUUUCCUCUCCCCGAAGUUCUGCUGAAGCUGUUCAGUUCUAACAUGGUCUCAGUUAAUCUGGUAAAUGCCAUCUUUACCAUCUUAGUUCUGACUUCUCCAUUUAAUGUGGAAUUAAGAGCAAAGAAAAGCCUAGAGAGACUGGAUAUCACAGUUUUCUUAAUGUUAUAAACUGAAGUCGUUCCUUGAAUGUCUGUUGAUGAAAUAGUCACUGUUUAAGGAAAAUAAUUAUGAGGUGUAGCAGAUUGCAGAAAAACAGGAUUAGAAACACACUUAAAAAGAACACACGUUUAGAGUCUGUCUUCCUCCUCAAGGAACCACUACCCCCUUUUACACACACCUUUAGAGCCUGAUUACUCCAAUAAAAGCAACUAGAGGUUUGCAGUCGGUUUAAAUAAAUUUUGACUAAAAUUCUUUUUUUUUUUUUUUUUUUUUUGAGACGGAGUCUUGCUGUGUCACCCAGGCUGGAGUGCAAUGGCCAGAUCUCGGCUCACUGCAAGCUCCGCCUCCCGGGUUCACGCCAUUCUCCUGCCUCAGCCUCCCGAGUAGCUGGGACUACAGGCACCCACCACCUCGCCCGGCUAGUUUUUUUUUGUAUUUUUUAUUAGAGACGGAGUUUCACCGUGUUAGCCAGGAUGGUCUCGAUCUCCUGACCUCGUGAUCCGCCCGUCUCAGCCUCCCAAAGUGCUGGGAUUACAGGCUUGAGCCACCGCGCCCAGCCAAUUUUGACUAAAAUUCUUAAGCCAAAUGGAAAUUCUUAAUGCAAUCAUGAGGACUUCUAUUGUCUCUUCCUGUUGUAUUAGAUCCUAUAAAUGGAACUGAUUUUUCCAUAAGGAAAACGCUUCUUUUGAGAUUAAUUCUAAUAAUGUAUUUGCUAUUCCAGUGCAGAGCCCACUGCAACUGCUAGGACUGAAAGCAGACGCUGGGUGCCAGAGCACGUGGUUCUCACCAUCAUUUCCACAGACCCCUCUGCCCUGACCCUCCAGAUUGGAUGUAGGAAGCUGGGAAAGACUGAUGUUGUAUUUGGAAACAUGCGCUGAAAAUGAAGGCCUCAUAAUGUGUAGGAACAGUGAAGCCAGGGUGCUGACUGUGGGGGGGUGUGUGUGUGUGUGGCGUGUGGUGUGUGUGUGUGGCAUGUAGUGUGUGUGUUUGGCGUGUGGUGUGUGUGUGCGUGCACCCUACACGUGUGGUACCUCACUGCUGCUGUUUCAGGAACUUGAGGGAUGCAUUUCAAGGGGUUGGGUAUUCCUGACUAGCUUUGGCUUAAAAUAUAGCAGGACCAGGUCUUUUGUUGAUAAAUACUGUUGGUUUAUUAAAAUGUCAUGAAUGGUAUUUCUUUUUUACACUCUACAAGUGAAUGAGGGAGUCUUUUGCUGACGCGUCUGUUUUGGGAAUGUGCGUCGGGCUAGGUUAUCUGUGUCUUUAUGCCUCAUGCAGUUAGAAAGACCUUUCUCCUUGAGCUCUUUGACUCCAGAAGGCCCUGCAGUCCCCGGUGUACUGAGAAAGGAUCUUGAACAUCGCUGGACGUCCUCAUAGUACUCACAAAGGGCUAGCCUUGAAUGUCACUUGCCCAGUCUUCAGUCUCCUGACAAAGAGAGAUACAAUCACGUCACAGGUCUCUUGGCCUCAAUCUGAAAACUGCUGCCGCCGCGCCGAGGAGACUCGCAUGCCGCCACCACCUCACUGGGAGGGCGCCGAGCCCACCGUCGCCCCCUAGACCCUGACAGCUGCAGCUGCCUUGCCUUGCCGCCGCCUCCCUGCAGGGCCCCUGUUCCAAUGAAAAACAGAACACACAAGAGCAGAGCACCUAGGCCUGUCUCUGCCUCCCCACCUACCUGACUGGCCAGGGCCCGAGAGCCCUGCUGCUCCACUGCAGGGCCGGGAGGGCUGACUCCCUGCUUCCUCCAAGCUGCUGCCUCCCCUGCAGCCAGGGUCUGGGCAGGGUGCGGCCAGUCCUUGGGGCACGCAGCUUCCUUCAAGUGCACUGUGUGUGCUUCCCGGACCUGCGGCGAUGCCGCGGGCCUGCCUUUUCUACGCGCCUCACUAGCUUACCACCCUGUGCAGGUAAUGCAACUGACUUUGUCUCAUCAGCCUUUUUCUUUCCCUGCCACCCUUUAUUUAUCAAGCAUAAUGUUCCACUUUAAAGGACAGCAAAUAAGGACUUUGUAGAAUCCCACCAGGACUUUGCUAACAAUAAUGUUUGGAAAUAAAGAAAUGCUCUGAAAAAUAUCAGCCACCAAAAUAGUUUUGUUGGCACUGUGUUCACACGCAUGGUCCCCACAUCCCCAGGUUGGGUGGGUUUUUUGGGUUGUUUUUUUUUUUUUUGGUAUUUUUUUGUUUUUGGGCUUUUUCAUGUUACAUCCAUAUCUGUAUUUAUAUCUUAUUUGUUUCACUUUCAAGUGUAUCAUGGCAAAUGUACAGAUUUUUUUUGUUAAUAAUGUGCUAGGAUUUGCUAAAAAAGAAAACAAACAAAAAAAAAACCCUUUUGAGUUUGCCCUAGAAUAAAUGAGACUUAAUUCAA